CUUUAUUGUCGUGUGGAUAUUUAAUAUUAAACUUAAAUAAUAUUCAUGUCUAGAAUAUUUUUACGUCAACAACUAGGCAAAGAGUCAUUAGAUGAACAAACAAAACAGUCGAUUACUGUUAUCUAUUUAAUGAGUAAUUAAUUGACUCAUUUUAUUAUUAAUUCAUUAGCCUCAAAUGAAACUCAUUGAGUGAUAAUAGACAACAAAAUAGUUUAUAGCUAGUGUAUAUUAUGGAUCAAGAGAGCAAUUAAACGAUCGAACAUGAAAAUGAGGUGUCAAGUCACUAAUUGAUGAUUGAUUCAUAAUAAAGACUUCAACUUGAUCUAAUUUCGUCAGAAACAGAGAGCAGUUACAGGAGUGUAAAGAGCUAUUAAUUAAUUGUGAAAAUUAACAUACAAAAAAAAGUAAAGGAAGAAAGAAUAUAGUGAGCAUAAAUGCUAAUGUGUUUACGACUGUGUGAGCAUAAAGAAUUGUGUUAGAAGUUUGUGGAAUGAGUGAAGGUGCAAAGAAGCAUUAAAUUAUUAUAAAAGCUCUUUAGUUCAUACACAUCAUGUGCUGGAUUGUGGAAAGAAAAAUUGUGAAUUAAGUCAGUAGACAAAAGAGGAAGAAUUUAAAAAAAAUAUUUAAUUCCGUGAGCUCAACUGACUGUAAAAUUCCUGAAAAAAAAAAUACUUUUAAAUUCUUGCACAUCUUUGAGAUUAUUUGAUGAGUCGACCGAACGAUUUAAUAAGCUCGGUAUCUGAAAUGACGAUUUUAAGGCAAUCACAAGGUGGAUCAAUGGCUGCAUAUCAACCUCCACGAUCAAAAUUUAUGAUCCACGAUAUUCUCGGCAGUAAUGGAAAAUUUAAUCCAGCAAGUGAUGACAGAACGCCGAGUCCGCAAGCUAAAGAUCUCAGUUUAUUCCUCAACUCAAUACCUGAACAUGAUGAUGAGAGUGAUUGCGAUUCAAGUGACAAGGAUGACGAAGGACGCAAUCCAAAUGAUUUGAAUGGUUCAUCAUUAAGUAAAAAGCAGAGAAAGGCGAGGACAGCAUUCACAGAUCAUCAACUACAGACAUUAGAAAAAACAUUCGAGCGUCAGAAAUAUCUUAGUGUACAGGAUCGGAUGGAACUAGCAAAUAAGUUAGGAUUAACUGAUACACAAGUCAAAACGUGGUAUCAGAAUCGAAGAACAAAGUGGAAGAGACAAACAGCAGUGGGGUUGGAAUUAUUAGCAGAAGCAGGAAAUUAUGCAGCAUUUCAAAGUCUUUAUGGUCGUCCACCAUACAUGGGUGCUUGGCCAUAUCCUCAAGUACCUACUGGAAAUCCAACAAGCACCAUUGAUCUCUAUUAUCGACAAGCUGCGGCUGCUGCAGCUCUACAGAAACCUUUACCAUAUCGUAUCUAUCCGGGGGGUGCACCUGGCAUGUCACCACUUGCAAUUCCUGGACCAAGUAUAGCGCAAUUUUCUCAUUUAACCACAGCAAAUUCUCUCACAUCACUAAGCAAUUAUUGCAGCACAAAUAGUAGUAACAGUCACGAUUCACGACGCUCCCCAAGUCCCACACUUAAUCCAGGCAGUCCCGAAGGACGACGAUCUGAGAGUCCAGCACAUAGUGAUGAAGACGACACAAUUCAAGUCUGAAAUUGAAUGGAAUAUGAAGGGAUUUUGAAGCCAUUUUUGCAUAAAAUUGAAACCAAACACAAUUCAAAUUCGAUUUCAUGACAGAAAGGAAUAAACAAAAAAUAAGAAGUAAGGCGCAAACGUGAAAAAGAGAGAAUGUUAGCGAUGAAAUGUCUGUAAAUAUAAUCAAGAGAAAGGGAUAUGAACAUUAAGGAAGUAAAAUAAAUAUAACACAAUGUUUCAUGUUGUCGACGAGAAUGACACAAAAAGAGAAAAUCGAAAAAAAACACAUUUUUUUCUAGUAUGAAAUCAUUUGCAGUGUUGCUGCAUAUAAACUGUAAAACUCGUUCUUGAUGUAUGUAUAUUUACUUAGUAAUUAAUGUUCAAGUUAAAUAUUUGGAAUUUUAAGUUUUGAAAAUCACGCGAUGUGUGGAAAAAAUAUGGAAUGGAAUCAGAUUGAGAGAAUUUUGAUUUGAUUGAGGUUCUUGAUUGUUUACGAUCUAGGAGGAAUACUCUAUAUUUUUUGGGUUCUCCUAAAAUUUGAACUUGAUUUGAUUCUGAGAAGAAUUUAUUUUGUUUCCGAGAAGAUCAAAUAAUAUUCCGAGAUGAUUUAAAUCGAAAUUUAAACAGUUUCAAUAUUUCUUUUGAAAUUCAAAUUUAUUUCCAAGAUGAUAGAAUUUUCAAUCUGAGAGGAUUGAAUCUUAAACUGAGUGGAUUGAUUUUAGUUGAAAGGAUAAAGUUUCUCUGAGGAGACAAAAUGAAUUUUUUGAUGAAUUGAAAGUUUGUGAAUGACGUCAUUUAUAAAAAAAAAAACUUUAUGAGUAAGCAAAUGACCAGUUUAUAAACUCACAAACCAUUAAUUACAUUCCAAUUAUAGUAAAUCUUGUAAAAUAAUAA